UGUAGCUACCACACAAGGCAAUCUCCCAUGCUCCACAGUGAGAGGUGGGCACCUUACAGCUGUAGUGAAAAGUAAUGGUUAAAUACCCCGACUCUGGACUUGUAAAGGUACACCAGCAGGAGUUACAUAAGAAUGAUUUAGCAAAUGGAAAUGAGCUGGUGACAAGCAAAGGGUGGACUAUGCUUAGCUCACAGACCCUGAUUACACUUCGUCCUGCCUCUGGAGCAUCACGCUGUGCUACUUCUCUUUGCCCACCCUCCCUUUCAUGGUUCUGCUACUUCAGUGUCACAGAACACAUACCUUUAUGCAUCUAGAAUAUUGUUUUAUUGAGUAGGGUAUCAAAUGAUCACUCCAGGGCACCAAAUAAAGAGACAGAAAUAUUGGGGUCUUUUAUUUAAGGAGAAGUACACAAACUGUGGCAGUCUUUGGAAUGUGUCUCAAAGUCAAUGUGCUCUCCCCGCAGGUGCUGAUUUCCCAGGAGCAAGACUGAUCAAGUGGAGAGAGGGUCGGAGACUUGGUUGUCGUCAUUAGCCGUUUUAACCGGACAGCACACUGAUUAUAAGAACUUCAUGGCAUAAGGGGGGAGGGGGGUAGAAUUAAUUUCCUUGCAGUUUCCUGACCACCAAAGAACAUGAUUAAAGCCCAGGAUGUGGAGUUUAUGAUUGCUUUUUAUUUUAAUGGUGAAGUCUUUGGGCGAUACAGAAAAUGUUAACCUUGGAGGAUGUGGCUGUGAACUUCACCUGGGAGGAGUGGCAGCUCCUGGACCCCGCUCAGAAGAAGCUGUAUCAGGAUGUGAUAGUAGAGAACUAUAACAACCUGUUGUCAGUGGGGUAUCAGGGAAGCAAACCAGAUACACUCUCCAAGCUGGAACAAGGAGAAGAGCCAUGGAUAAUAGGAGAUGAAAUCCAUCAUAUAAACCGCCCAGAAAUCAACAGAUUUGACAGUCAUCUGAAAGAGCACUUUCAGCACCACAGCUUUCUCGAACGAAUGGAGCCAGGCCAUGGAAAGAAUGCAUUGGGAAAUAUCAUUUUCCUGAGCAAGACCCAUUUCCCCCUCAUGCAAAAUCAUGAUAUGUUUGGUUUCUAUAGGAAAACUUUGAACUCCAAUUCAAGUGUAGUCAACCAGAACAGAAGAUUGGAAAUCAAGAAUCCUGCCGAGUUUAAUGGUGCUAGAAAAAUCCUGCAUGGAAAACAUGAACAAUAUUAUGAUAACAUUAAAUCCCCUGACACUUCAAAAUUCAUCAUCACUCAUCCCCAAGUCUUUAAACAGCAGAGAAUUCAUAAAAUAGAGCAAGCCCAGGCAUAUGUUCAGUGUGGCCAAGACUACUUCAGGAGGUCUCAACUCAUUCACCAUGGGAACAAUUAUACAGGAGGGGAACUCCAUGGAUAUAGUCACUAUGGCAAAUCUUCGAGAAUUUUCAUGUUCAUCCCGCAUCAGAAAACUCAUACAGCAGAGAAACCCUAUAGUAUCAUUGACUAUAGAAAAGGGUCCACUGUGAAGAACAGCCUCACCGUCCAGCAGCAAACCCAUAUGGUUGAAAAACCCUAUAUUUGCGGCCAGUGUGGCAAAGGUUUCACAAUGAGGCGCUAUCUUAUGGCGCAUCUGCGCACGCAUUCUGGCGAGAAGCCCUAUGUAUGUAAUGAAUGUGGGAAAAACUUCACUGUGAAGAGUAACCUCAUUGUUCAUCAGCGAACUCAUACAGGGGAGAAACCUUUUGGAUGCAAUGUAUGUGGAAAAGCCUUCACCAUGAAGCGCUACCUGGUUGUACAUCAACGCACUCAUACAGGAGAGAGACCCUAUAUAUGCAAUAAAUGUGGAAGAGGCUUUACGGUGAAGAGCAAUCUUGUCGUACAUGAGCGAUCUCAUACAGGAGAAAAGGCUUACAUAUGCAAUGAAUGUGGAAAAGCCUUCACUGUGAAACGCACUCUCAUUAUACAUCAACGAACUCAUACUGGAGAGAAAUCCUAUAUAUGCAAUGAGUGUGGAAAAGCCUUCACCACAAAACUCACUCUUGUUAUACACCAACGGACUCACACUGGAGAGAAACCCUACGAAUGCAAUGCAUGUGGUAAAGCCUUCAGCCAGAAGAUAAGCCUCAUACAACAUGAGCGGUGCCAUACAGGCAACACUCCAUUUGUAUGUACGGAGUGUGGAAAAUCCUACUGCCACAAAUACGGUCUGAUUACCCAUCAGAGAAUUCACACAGGAGAGAAACCAUUUGAGUGCAGUGAGUGUGGGAAAGCUUUCACCACCAAGUCAGUUCUCAAUGUACAUCAAAGAACUCAUACAGGAGAGAGGCCAUACAGAUGCAGCGAUUGUGAGAAGGCUUUCUCCCACUUAUCAAACCUGGUUAAACACAAGAAAAUGCACACCCAAGAAAUGGGUGAGUUUAGUCAAGAAGAAAGUUCUUUCUUAGAAAGUCAGCUCAUUACAUAAACAUGAUCUCAUGUAGAAGGGAGAAAAAACAGUGACUAUAGGAACUGUGGGAAAGGUCUCUGUGGCAAUUUAGCCCUCUGGAAACAUCAGUAACUCUGAGAGGACUAAAAUAUAAUCAGUGUGAGUCCGCAUAAUGUCAUGCGAGAUGUACACCCUGAGGUAACUGAAGAAAAUGGCUGGAAGCAAAACUUGUUCAAUGCAGUGAAUGUGGUAGUGCCUUUAGUGAUCAUUACUUCACAUUUUCUGUCAGCGAAAGACAUUGAGAAAUAAAUGGAACAUUUAAUGUGGAAAUGCCUUCAGACAAUUGUCUGUUCCUCGAGUGCAUAUUUAUACUGAAGUCAGCCCUAUAGACUAUGUAGAUCUAUUUUGUUGUUACCAUAGAUUAUCAUUGAACUUCUAGCUGAUACUAAUAUAAUGACCAUUCUGGGCAAGUUCUUAAAAAAUAAAAUGUUAGUAACUGUCGGAGUUCACACUGGAAGAAAAUUUGAAAAUGACAAUGACUACGGCAGUAUUUUGGUAAUAUAUUUUGUUGCAUCUUUUAUCACAAAAUAGGGAAAUAAAAUUGAUGAAUGUGCUAAAUAUAGAGCCCUAUUAGUGAAAUAUCCGAAGUCACAGAACUCAUGAAGAUGACCGCAGGCUAGUUAAAAUGAAUGUUUUUCUGUGCUUUUUAUUCCAAAUAUAACCUCGUCUAACCAAUAAUACCUGAUGUGCAUUUCAGGCUGGAUACCUUGAACUUUAUUCUUGGUUGCCUUGCCAUUGUCUAUAAUGUUGAAAGCCCGCCUUACUGUCCUCUCCACUCAUUUGAAUUUUUACAUAUAAUGUAGGAGUACCUGAUGA